GUGUAGCUGCUGCAGCUGCCACAGUCCAGAGUUCAGCAGCUGAGCGGAUCUUUACUCUCAUUUCUUCUCCAUCCAGACCUCCGACACACUGACCGAUCCUCUGACGCAAACACCCGUUUUUAUUCCGUCCCGGAGCGUUUCUAGUUUUUAUUUCUUCAGGUGACGCUCUCUGUUUCCGUUGGACCCGUUUGGAUUUUACGCACUUAUUAACCUUCCUUGGACCUCCGGAGCUUUCUGCCCUGGACGCUCCGUGCCGACACGCCAUGGCGCGUCUGUUACUGCCGUGUCUCCUGCUGUUUGUAUCAGCGCAGACGGCCCUCUCCUCCGGGGUCUUCGAGCUGAAGAUCGACUCCUUCACCAGCUCCCGCGGCGUCUGCCGUUACCAGUCCCGGGACUGCCAGAUAUUUUUCCGCGUGUGCCUCAAGCACUCGCAGGACGUCAUCAACCCGGAGCCGCCGUGCACGUACGGCACCGCGCUCACAGAGAUCUUCGGCGCCGACUCCAACUCCAUCUCCGGGAGCGCACCCAUCAGGGUGCCCUUUCACUUCAAGUGGCCGGGGACUUUCUCUCUGAUCAUCGAAGCCUGGAACGCGGAGUCUUCUGGACUCGAGUCUACAGAGAACCAGAACAACCUCAUCAGCCGGCUGGCGACCCGCCGCAGGCUGGCUGUCGGGGAGGAAUGGUCCCAGGACGUGCACUUCGGCAACCAGAGCGAGCUCCGCUACUCCUACCACGUGGUGUGCAACGAGCACUACCACGGCGAGGCCUGCUCCGCCUACUGCCGGCCCCGCAACGACACCUUCGGCCACUACACCUGCGACGACGGUGGGAACCGCCGCUGCCAGGAGGGCUGGGCGGGCGAGUACUGCUCUGACCCCAUCUGUGCAGCGGGGUGCAGUGAGGAGCACGGUUUCUGCGAGUCUCCCGGGGAGUGUGUGUGCCGGCAGGGCUGGCAGGGCGAGCGCUGCAACGAGUGCGCCCGACACCCCGGCUGCAUCCACGGGACCUGCCAGCAGCCCUGGCAGUGCAACUGCAAGGAGGGAUGGGGAGGCCUGUACUGUGACCAAGACCUGAACUACUGCACCAACCACAAGCCAUGCCAGAAUGAUGCCUCGUGCACCAACACCGGCCAGGGCAGCUACACCUGCACCUGCCGGCCUGGGUUUACCGGCAUUAACUGCGAGAUCGAGACCAACGAGUGCAACAGCAACCCCUGCAAGAACGGCGGCAGCUGCAAAGAUUUGGUGAACGAUUAUUCGUGUGCGUGCCCUCAGGGCUUCUACGGUAAGAACUGCGAGAUUAGCGCCAUGAAGUGCGCAGACGGGCCGUGUUUUAACGGAGGAACCUGUGUUGAGAACGUCGCCGGCGGGUACAGCUGCCGCUGCCCGCCCGAGUACACAGGCUCCAACUGCGAGAAGAGGAUCGACAGAUGCAGCAGCAACCCCUGCGCUAAUGGCGCUCAGUGUUUGGACCUCGGUAAGGGUGUCAUGUGCCGCUGUCGGCCAGGCUUCACCGGCUCUCGCUGCGAGACCAACAUUGACGACUGCGCCGGCAACCCCUGCCGCAACGCCGGCACCUGCAUCGACGGCAUAAACGACUUCACCUGCACGUGCACCCUCGGCUUCACCAGUAAGGACUGCUCUGUGCGCACCAGCCCCUGCGACCAGUUCCCCUGCGAGAACAGUGGCACGUGUUACACCCACUUCACCGGCCCCGUGUGCCAGUGUCCGCCGGGCUUCAUGGGCGCACGCUGCGAGUACUCUGUCACCAGGCCGCCUACGCAGCCGCCAGGGAAGGACGAUGUCCCUCCUGCGCUGAUUGCCGCCGUUGCCCUCGGCCUGGUGACGCUGACUCUGCUGGUGUGCGCCGCCAUCCACAUUCUGCGUCAGCUCCGCCGGGGCAGGGCGCUCACGGCCCUUUCCACAUCGGUGAAGAACGACCUGGAGACGGUGAAUAACCGCAACGCGGUGAUCGGUGGGGGUGGACCCAAUAACGGGAGCUUACCAGGAGCACCACUGGGCAGCCUGAGAGAGAAGGAGGCCUUCCUCAUCCCUGGAGGACAAUUUAAAGUGUCCAAUAAGGACGCAGCGCUGGUGGAGAAGGGCGGCGACAACAUGGCCAUGUUUAAAAACAAAAUGGCAGACUGUAACCUGGCCAAAGAGGAGCAGUGCCUGGCCAAGAACAAGUUUGACCUUAAGAAGAGGGACUCGUCCAUCAUCGUUCCUCCUCUCAGUUUUGCAAAGGACAGUCUGUAUCACCCAGUGUUCAUCAUCCAAGAGCAGAUGGAGCAGUGUGUGUUUGCUACUGAGGUAUAACCUCCAGUUUUCAGAGCAUCAGUGGAGGAACUUUUACGCUGAAGGCCUGAAAUGUUUUCACUCCAGGACAGUUCACCCAGAGGAUCUAUUCUACACACUUUUUUAUUUAAUAUUUAUUACUGCUGCUCAAUGGAAAGAAACAAAAAGAAAGGAUUGCUUUUCUGCUUCGAUAUUGACAAUGUUUGCAUGACAAUGACUGAAAAGAAAGAAAAAGCAGCGGAGGAUCAGAGGAAAGAGGAAAGACUGAAUGUCCGGCGUCAUUUGCACUAUUUAUCUUUUUUUUAUACUUUAAAUCUUAAUAUAAUAUUUCUGUCUGUAUAUCUGAAUUUUCCUUGGAUCAAACGUGAACGAGAGGACGUAAAGAGUUGGAAGUAUCUACCAAUCGGAAAAGUCUGGUGCCUUAGCUAUGCUUCCUAAUCAUCACGGCAACCGUUUCCUGUACAAUUUCACAAUAUGAUGUCAAUCAAAUCGUUUACAGGAACGGGAGACAGAACAUUUUCUUUUAGGUCACACAACCUGAACUUUCCCACAAAUAAUUUCUGUCAGAAAGCUGAACUGGACUUUCUGUCAUCACUCCAUUUUAUUAGAUUUUUGUUUUCUCUGGAAGCGAAGCAUCACAUUGUGGCCUGUUAGAAGAAGAACGACAGCAGUCUUACAAUCACAUCCAAUCAUACAAACUCUGAAGUGCCUCUUCUUAGAAAAACACUCCAACAAGACUUAAACCCAGGACUCACAAUGAGCAGAAUUUGUUUUGGGUUUUUAUUUGUUUCUCAUGUUCAAAUCCUGUCUUUACAACACCAGACAACCCAUUCAAAUCCACUGGAACCAGCCCUUCCUACUGGUGAUGUGUUUUUAAAUCCAUCAUAUGUACUGUUUCCAGUCCUAGACCCAAUUCCAAUAUCCAGUCAUCCCAUUCCCAUAUCCCAUUCUAAUCCCAGUCUAAACUAGUUUUCAGGUGAAUCAGGGAGUUUGUUCCUUUAUCAACAAUCAGUUGUUUUCUACAUUUUCACCUCAUGAACAGAUAAUCUACCUUUGACAAUUUUAAGAUAUAAAAGAAAAGUCAAACAUGUCACAGGCUGGAUGAAGGUCCAGCCGAGCUGGAUUCAUCUUACGAAUCAGUUUUUCCGUUUGUCUUCCUUCCUUUGUAAGUUUUGGAUGUUUAUUUUUCUAUGAAUCAAAAAACGAAAAACUAAACUUGCUGCCUCUUCUCUCUCUUGCUGCCUUUAUCAACCACUGCUGUCACAGCAACUAAACAGGAAAGCAUUAAUAUCACCCACUGUUUUUCCGCAACACUCCCAAGAGUCAGUAAACUUUUACAACAGUGAGGCACUCCAAAGAGAGUUUUUUAAUUACUUCUUAUUUUUACCUAAUCCAUUUGAUACCAAAAAUAUGUGUUCCUCUGUAGUCGUGUCUUUGUACUAUCUUCGUUAAUUUAAGAAAACAAUGCAAUGUUGUCAUAUAUUCCGAAGUUUUCUUAUUUAAUUUUUCCCUUUGUAAAUAAUUUUGUAUUUAUGAAAGAGAAUUGUAUAUAUUUCUAUGUUAAUGUGCCUAAUGUUUCAGUCAGAAUCAAGAAAUAUAUUUUUUCAUAAAUAAAUAACAUUAAUGUUA